GUUUUGUAUCUUAUUUUAAAUUCUCCAAAAUGGCGGCCAUCAGUGCGCUGCAAGCGUACGGAAACAGCGACGAAAGUGAUAAUGGCAGCGAAACAGAAGAAGUUCAGGAAGAUCUUACUGCACAUUUGAAGCCCUUGGAUCAGGGGAAUAAUGUCCGUACACUCCAGUCGAGAUUUCAACUCAAUUCGGCCCCCGAAGUGGAUAGUAAGGAGGAUGUUGGGACAAUACAGCCUUUGGAUCCAUCAACAAAAGAACUUAGCUACAAUCCACAGUAUGAGCAGCUCUUUGCACCAACGGUGGGGCCAGCAAACCCUUUCAAGACCCAACAGCAAGCAGCCCAGAAGAACAUGCUGUCUGGCUACGUAGAGGAAGCACACUUCAACCACUUCCAGUUUGAGAACCAGAGAAGAACGUUCAACAGCUAUGGUUUUGCUGUUGAUCCGAGCGUCAGAGAGACAGCAGAGACCAAAAUCAUCGGCACAGCUGAAUCUGGGGAUACAGCUGAAGCCAAGACUGUGUUUGAAAAGACAAAAGUCCGCCCAGGAGACAAGCGGAAAAGAGUGCGCAAGAACGACGCGUCAGAGAUUGACGACUUUGAAGGACCGUGGGGCAAAUACGUUGAUGAGGCAACAGUCUCCAAACCUUCAGAAGACGAACAGGUAGAAUUGGACGAGAUACUAUCCAAGAGGAACAAGAAGGGUAAAAAAGCGGAGGAAAAGCCAGCUGAAGAAAAGACGACACUCCACCUCAAGGACAUGUACGACUACAUGGGCCGCUCCUACCUCCACGUCCCGCAAGACUUGGACGUGGACCUACGGACCACCGAACUACCGGAGAAAUGCUUCCUACCCAAGAAGCAUAUCCACACCUGGGCGGGGCACACAAAGGGCGUGGCCGCUAUCAGGUUAUUCCCGCAGUCUGGUCAUCUGUUGCUGUCGUGUGGUAUGGAUAGCAAGAUCAAGUUAUGGGACGUGUACCAUGAACGGAAACUCAUCCGAACGUUCAACGGGCACAAGCAAGCCGUGCGAGAUGCCUGCUUCAGCAACGAUGGCACCAAGUUUAUCAGCGCUUCCUACGACCGCUAUCUGAAAGUCUGGGACACGGAAACAGGUCAGUGUCUGGGCCGUUACACCAAUCGUAAGGUGCCUUACUGCGUCAAGUACCAUCCAGAAGAGGAAAAACAACACAUCUUUGUCGCUGGAAUGUCCGACAAAAAGAUUGUGCAAUGGGACAUGCGAGAGAAUGAGAUCGUGCAGGAAUACGACAGACACUUGGGGGCAGUCAACACCAUCACGUUUGUAGACCAGGGCCGGCGAUUCGUGUCGACGUCAGACGACAAGAGCAUGAGGGUGUGGGAGUGGGAUAUUCCCGUGGACUACAAGUACAUCGCUGAUCCAACCAUGCAUUCUAUGCCUAGCGUCUCUCUCAGCCAUAACGGUAAAUGGCUGGGGUGCCAGUCGAUGGACAACCAGAUUCUGAUCUACGGCGCUCACAAUCGCUUCCGCCUCAACAAGAAAAAGAUCUUCAAAGGUCACAUGGUGGCUGGCUAUGCCUGCCAGAUGGACUUCUCCCCAGAUAUGAGCUAUGUGGUGUCUGGCGACGCCGAUGGCAAACUCAACAUCUGGGACUGGAAAUCCACCAAGCUGUACAGCCGCAUCAAGGCCCACGACGGAGUCUGCAUCGGCUGCCUCUGGCAUCCUCACGAAACCUCCAAAGUCAUCACGUGUGGCUGGGAUGGACAGAUUAAACUGUGGGACUAAACCACACCAAACAGUGCUUGAUUUGUUCCAUAACGUAAGACUAAACCACACCAAACAGUGCUCGAUUUGUUCCAUAACAUAAGCCUGCCCAUGAUAGUAACGUGGGAUUGUUGUCUCCAAUCAAUCGAUGGUCAAAAUGUCAUCUCGGAAUUGCUUGGUCCUGGCUCCCUGAUGUGCCUAAGGAUGCGCACUGCUAUUGGUUACCAGCGAUGCAACUGUGCCCUGUGGUCAAGUUCUAAAUAGUCAACUAGCAUGGUGCAACUGUCUUUCAUUCAAGCAAAGUUGGUCAAACUAUGAUUAAGUAUACAUUGCCCCGGAACUUGCUGAAUCAUUGAGACAAGUUGUUGAUUUGUUACGUAAGUGCGGACUCAUAGCAACGUGGGAACAUCUCUAAUCAAUCUAUGGUCAAAACGUCAUCAUGAAAUUUCUUGGUCUUGGCCCCUCGCUGUGCAUUGUGAUGCCCGCUGAUAGAACCAAAUUGCAGCCACCCUUACUUGGCUGGUCGCAAAUACACGUAGUCAACUUGACUAGUCCAACUAUCAUUGACUAUUAUACUAGCGGUGAUCAGAGUUAAUCGGACAAUGGUUAACUAUAACUCUAUAUAACUCUGGUAAUAACCACAGACAAAAAAACCCAACCUAGACCUGUCAUUUGCCUGAAAUUUCCAUUAUAAAAAUGCUGCAUCCUAUAACCGCCAAAUUACGCAAACGCUCAUUGAAGGCGGCUGAACGCAGGAGACAUUUGCAGGACACGCGCACGUUAUUUAUGAGCAAGAUGAGCAUUCACUUAACAUGGUGGUUACAAGACGCAGUAUUUUGCUAAUGGAAACACACAACAUACAAGUAUAUAAAUGGCCGAUCUAGAUUUUUGUUUUUGUUUAAAUAUGUGUGGUAAUAACUGAGUGCACAACAGUGCCCUCUAUUGGUAAAACAAAUGCGCAUCAAGUACCUUUUGGUAAGGGCACUUCAUUGUGCAUUCUUGUUUUUGAUGCAUUCCUGUGAUGUGAAAAAAAAAGUUGCGCUGCAAGUUAUGAGUUUGUAUUUAACCCAUUUUACCGCCUCAUACUGCCCCAAACCACCCCGGCAAUUUAUGGUACUGUACAGACAGUAUAAUACAGUGCAGUACAAUGUAAUACAAGUACUAAAGGGUUCAAUCUCGGCUGGUGUAAACACUGGUUUGAUUUUGGUCUUCCACAUUAGCACGUCUUUAUUGGUUAAAAAUGAAAAGCUUUAUUACUGUGAGUAAACCAAAUGACAC